AUGGAAGUGAUGGAAAUCGCUGGAAAAGAUCCACUAAGAGCUCCAAUAACUCUUGCUCUCGAAAUGGAGUUCAUAGGGGUUGGAUGGAUUAGUUUGGGCAAUGAUCCUAUGGCCUCCAAGGCAUUGAGAAGCCCAAUAUCAAGAGAAGCCUUGAUACAAGGAGUUUUAAGAGCAGAUCGAUUAAGUGUAGCUUCCCUGAUUGAAAACCCUGUCUUGAACCCUAAUUCUCGCAUUAGCUUGUUAAAGUCGCUGCCUUUAUUGCUUUUUACUCAACUCGACCCUAAACUCGAUCGAGCUGGUCCUACUCAUGUCGAAAGUGAAGAACGAAUCUCUACAUUUGAAUAUAAUCCUAUUGGCUUCGAUGAGGUCGACCAUUUCAUUGAUAUAAUGUGCUCUUCCAAUCAAGACAGCGAAGAAGGAGAAGAUGAAGAAAUGGAAUUUGAUUAUUUCAAUGGCUGUAGAAGCGACACUAAAACAUGA